AAAUGGGUUUCUCUUUGUUAUUUUUCAAUUGCUGUUGUCGUUGGAAUAUAUAGUUAUAAUUUUUCUGAGGCUAGAGAGCCUGUUUGUUCUAAAUUUGCAUAUGAAGAACAGCUUUUAGAGAAAAUGAUAAGAACUGAAAUUAAGGUAGAAACAAUGGUGAAUGAAAUUAAGAAAACUGAGGAUAAUGUCAUCAGUACAUUAGGCGACAUCAAACGAGCAGUAGCUGACUUUACGGACAUGUUUGCAGACAUGAGAGGAAACAUAACGGAUGAGAUGUUAAAGAGAGGCGAUGAGAUAAAAAGGAGAGAAGAAUCGUUCAAGACUCUUUUUGAAGAAACAAGAAACAACAUCACUAGAGGCACUGACUCUCAAAAAGAGGAACUUAUUCAACUUCAAGGUAAACUUGAAAAACCUCCGAUCGCUUUCUACGCACAUCACGUGAAAGACCUGGUUCUUGAUACUGCAAAUAAGAUUCUCGUGUUUGAGAAGACAAUCACUAACGAGGGAACAGGUUACGACACGUCCACGGGAAUCUUCACGGCACCGGUCGGAGGACUGUACCAGUUUGUUGUACAUGCAUGUGCUAGGUAUAGUAAAUAUGCAUAUCUUGGCCUGGUGUUGGGAGGUAACGUUAUUGCAGCAGAUGCUAACUAUGGUGAUGAAUCGCAUGGCUGUAAUACGUUUGGUUCAAUAGUGAGGGUAAAAUUAGGAGCAAAAGUUUGGGUUAAAUCCACAUCGCCAAGUUCUAACCGCCAGCUUAUCCAAGAUACACAUGGGAUGAACACAUUCAGCGGAGUGCUUGUCAAUAACUGAAUUAUAAACUAAACC